AUGUUGACUACUAAAUCGAUUCGUUUUUGUUUGCUCCUGAUCUUUGUGGCUUCACCUCAUAUUUCCUCAUCCACUCGAGUGAUUACGACCGUCUCGGAUGGUAAAGUUUUCAUCACUGGAGACCAUAAUGAAGUAGUUAUGUCUUCCGCCCGAGAAACAAAAGUGGAAUUGGCUAAAAUCAAAAACAGAUUAAAGUUAUUAAGCGAGUCGAAUGAAGAUUUGUGCAAGUUGCUCCACGCCAUCAUGAGGCUAACAGGCUUGGAGAAACAAGGUAGGAUUAGCUUUCUUUCUUGAUACAGAUAAGAUUACUAAAUGCCUUUACAUUGUAUUGAGCUGCUCCUUGCAACCUGUAAACAUUACCUUUUAAAAAAUACAAUAUUUGUACACUUCUCAGUAACCAAAUUUCCCGAAUUUAAAUUCAGAAGAGGAAGCGCUCUCUGAGUUCCUUACGGUUUAGAUUGCAGAAAUGUUUGUUUUCAGAAUUAUUUUUGAUCAGACGGAGCUUUUCAUAGGUUAUGAACUACGUUAGUUAUUGUGUGGAAGUCUACUACUCGAAUAUUAACUGCUGGCGUGACAAGUAACUUAGUAAGUUGCACAUCACUCAAACUGUAAUUAUUUGUGCAUCGUGAAAAAUUGUUUCGCCUCUUUCAGCGGCCACUUGGAUGGUGAUACUAGGCUCUUCACGCUUGAAAAAAAUGUAUUUGUGGGGCUGCAUGGUAUGCUCAUAAAAAAAAAACCAACAACGGCAACAUUUCUUGGAAUGCUGCUUUUGUAAUCACAGACUCGCUUGACCAUCGGUUUUAAAAAGGUGUAAGGUGAAAGUUCUCCUGAAAACGUUAACAGUAAUCUAUAGAACUAUAACCUUUUGUUAUUGAACUACCCUUGUGACUUGUAGUUGACAGUAGUUGCACUAAAAACAAUUAAAGCGAAGGACGACAGCACAACUUUUUUAAAGAGGCUUCGAAAGCAGCGUUGACAAAUAAUCUAGACCCUGUGAGCAGGGUAACUGGGAUACCUGGAUGGUAGUGGAUCCUUGGAAUCAAGUGUAGUGGUACUACGGGUGUCGGACUUGUAUACUGAAAUAGUGCGCUCAAGUCUGGCCAAGGGCAUACACCUAUUUCAAAACAUAGGCAUGCUAUGCAUGCAAGAGUUACUUUUUUGUAGGGUGGGUGGAUUACUUGAAACAUUGUGAGUGAUGUCUACAUUCUUACAAAAGGAGAGAAGAAUAUUAAUGUGGGAAAGAACGAAAAUGUCGAAUUACCUCACUCACAGGUAUUUUGAGGUAGAUUAUGUGUGUUUUGCGUAUAAAUGUAACCAAAAAUAAACUGUAUUGGUGCCACGGAUACCUGUUAGUACAAAAUGCAGACAGUAGACUGCAGACCGGAUACAAAAUAUAGACUGCAGACUGCAGAGUGGGUACAAAAUGCAGACUAAGAAUCUGAAGAGUUUUUACGUCUGGUAUAUAAUAACACGUCAUCUUACAGCUUACCGCGCGUCACGCAAUCGCUUUUCUGCGAUCCCCCUUGCACUACUGUGGAAUAUUCCUGGCCCAUUUCUUAAUGAAAAUCGAUCGCAAUAUUAUUUCAAGCCUUCAAUAUAGUCUUCUUACUUUGCGCGCGAGUUGGUUGGUGUGAUGUCUGUACAGAUUUUACCAACGUAAUAAAAGUAAAUGACGUGAAUAACAGUGAUAGUAAAGCAAGCUUAAAAGGGCAGAAAUAGCCAGAAAAUACAACGGAUACACAGGGUAUGAGUAAGUUUUAUUGAUUUUACGAGAAAAAUGUUCAUAUUUCGAAAUAUUUAUCGUUGUAAAUCGACCAUACUUCGUUCCCCAUAGUAUUCCUUAUAACGUGUUCAAAUUUCCAACAGUUCCUCUCGUAACUUAACACCGAGUCACACAACGUGACACGUUCAUGAAUUAAUCGUUGGCUUUUUCUCGAGACAUGAGCUUGCGCCACCUGUGACAAGACAAUUGCGUAAACAAUAUUUAACAUAAUAACAUUAUACACAAAAAAACACAGGGUUUUGGAUCACUUAUUUAUUAAAAAAGAAUAUCCAUACAACUACAAUGAAAACAAACAUAAGAUUCACCUUUCUGAUCGUGAAAUUAAUACUAUCCGUACUGUUAUCGUAGCUACGUUCCUUGCCAUCAAGUGAAUCCAACAUGUCGUCUUUCUUCACAAGCAGUUUGCAUCCACUAAAGUUAUGUUCUUCAGUCUCACGGUAGUAGUGUUGUUCAAUAGAUUGCAUAAAGUAUAUGCAGUUUGGUUUCAGAUUUCAGAUUUUGCUUUUUACAUCAAGUGAACGUUUUUCAACUAAGACAUUGGCAUACUUAGCAUACAAGGCAUUCAAGGCUUUCAUGGCUUUCAAGUGUUCGCGACUCAAUCCGUUCCAAAAUUACCGCUCAUUAACAUCUUUCUGUGUGGAUUAGCCGCGAUUAAUACAACUUGUAUAUGCGUCUGUAAGUAUUUUGCGCGUUUGCGCCAUAAUGCUCCAGGAGAUCGCAAUCCAAAUACGUUGAAAUACAAAACAACUGACCAAAGAGUUUUAUAAGCAAAAAUCUCGUGAUUCGUUUUGUAACCCGGCCCUGUCCGUGUAUGACAACGUCAAUCAUCAUCAAGAUAACACGCGUGAUCAGCAUGUGAACACCUUAUUGGAUCAUAGUUAGUUGUCAUGGCGUUGAGGGCCCAAUGACCUCUGGGUACUAUUGCGCAAUUUUUCCAUUUUGUGGCGGAGAAAAAAAAAAAAAAAAAGGACGACAAAAAAACCAAAGGCAUUUUAUGACUGGGCUACCACAGGUGUCCCAGUAAAAACCUGAGUAAUUCUACAGUUGCAGGAUACGCUCUGCAAUUUCCACGAAAAGGAACCAGUGAUUACGUCAUCAUCACUCGUGGUAUGCCAAACCUGUCAGCUGUGACAGUUUGUCUGUGGAUGAAAACCGCUGAUACUAGAAAUGAAGGAACACCCCUGAGCUAUGUUGUGUCUGGAGGACGCGAGGAGCUUCUCCUGUAUAACUAUAGAAAUUUUAGGGUUUUCAUCAACAACCAUCACAGGUUUAAGUAUUUAAUCUGAAGUUUUGUUCUGUUAUUAAUCACAAUAGUUGUUUUGAUUUAAUGUUGCUGUAAGCUUUAAGAUACUAAAAGUACACUUCUCGCGUUUUGCUGCUAAUUUUAGUGGUUCUACUUCUGUAUCCGCCAGUGAUGGAAAGUGGCAUCAUAUCUGCCUAACAUGGGAGAAUACCGUUGGAUUAUGGAAAUUGUUUCGAGAUGGUUCGGUUACCGUUUCUGGUAAAAGUUUCCAAACAGGUAAAUUCUUCUUUUAGCAAUAGUCCGUAAAAUAGUAUUAAAUGUUUAGUGUGUGUAACUGCUAAUACAAAGAGGCCGAAAUGACGAAACCGCGAGGAUUCCACAAAAUUCAAAGGUUGAUUGAAAUAAACGAAGGACGAAGUGUAGGUAGACUUAAAAGUAGUUUUAAGAUAGACGUAGAUAGACUUAAUAUAAGCUUAAACAUGUUUUAAAGCUGUUUCGUUAAACACGGUCAGUUAAAAGGUUGUUUUCUUCAUAGAAGCUACCCAAACUAAGUGUUUGGUGUUGACUGUUGAAUGUUGUCAACUACUUGAAACCAAUGAUAAAUUCAGUUUUUCCAGUUCUCUGUUCCUGACUUUCAUCCAGUUAAACCCGGUUUGCAUUUACAUUGUAACGGCCACUGUAAACGAAAUUCUCUGGAGGGAAACUGCGUAAAAUUAUCGCGGACUCUAACUGCAAAUAAUUGCGUUGUGAACUAAACUGCCUUGUGCGGAGAAAAAACGAUUAGUUAAAAUUACCGCUUGAAUGCUCUACAUGUCGUUUGCAAGUAACGCUGAGAAAAACCACCCUAAGAAGCUGAAAAGGUGAAAGAAGACUAAAGAUACUGGAGAAACCGAGAAAGGCGCCAAAAAAGGAAGAUAUAUCAGACAAACUCUGACGAGGUAAUGAUCACUGAUGCCAAAAAAUAAAUACUUGAAAAACAUGCAAAAACCUUGAUAAAAAUGCGCGUAACUGUGAUGGUAAAAUUACUUGAUAAACGAUUAUGAAAUUUAUCACUUAAAUGCUACAGUGUAUGUCAUGUUAGUCACUUAAGGAUAAAGUGCGUAGUUCCCAAAAAGUAAUGCGGAGGUUGGAACAAGCAGAGCGACAUGACUCACUUAUUCGGUAAAUUAUUGAUUAAGAAAACUAAAAAAAGGAAAGAAUGUACUCACUUUCCAGUCUUUUUAUCAUUUCCUCCAGAAAUAUAAUUGAAUCUUUUUUAAAUGGUGAAUUUAUCUUUUUCCUUAAUUUCCUGUUAAUGUCCCCUUAGGUUACGUGAUUCGUGCAAAUGGAGCCCUGGUACUAGGGCAGGAGCUAGACUCAAAGGGAGGAAGUUUUUAUGCCAAUCAAUCUUUCAUGGGUGAAAUGACAGGUAUCAACAUCUGGGAUCACGUUCUAAAAGACCAAGAAAUCGCACGCAUGUCAAAGUCGUGCCUGACAGGAGUGAGCAACAUGUUUCAGUGGGUAAUUUAGUGUUAACAACUGGGUUGAAAACGUAAAUUAGCGACCGUAAAGGGUAAAAAAGCUGACGUUUCGAGCGUUAGCCCUUCGUUCGCUGACGAAGGGCUAACGCUCGAAACGUCAGCUUAUUUACCCUUUACGGUGGCUAAUUUACGUUUUCAACCCAGUUGUUAACAUUAAAUUACCUGCUAUACUCUCCCACCGACGCAGCACCACAGUUUCUUUAGAAACGUACCCCUUUAUUUAUUUAUUAUGUUUCAGUGGCCGAGUUCAAAGCUCACAUCAAGGGCUCAGUGAAGAUAAUUAAGCCAUCGUGCUGAAGUGAAAACAUCCAUGACGUGAUUUGUAAACAUUGUGAAGGAUGUUACAUUAAAGAUAAAUUUUGACAGCUCCUUGUUGAUAAUCUGAUGCGUGCCCGUAUCUUUUCUUGACCAUCCUACCAAUGCUGAGACCAAUCUUUUUCGGUCGAUGCAAUUU